AUGGACUACAGAUCGUCCUAUCGUCCAUACGACCGCUCUGGUCCACCCGCUGCCGACUCGUACCCAAUAGACGACCCUUACGAUCGUUCGAGGAAACGUGGUCGCUCUCCUUCGCCAUCCUACUACCGCGACCAGAGGCGUACCAGCAACUACAACGACUAUCCCCCGCUCGAUCCCUGGGACCGUCCGCCGAGAGACUAUCGUGAUGCGUCUCCUUACGCAUCGCGUCAGUCUGCCUACGACAACUAUCGUCCUUCCGAUCCGUACGAAGACCGUACCGAUCGUACCCGUGCCGCAGAAUGGGAUCGCUACUACCGCGAGCGCGAGCGCGAGCGCGAGCCACGUGACCACGACUAUCGUUCCUCGGCCUACGACGAUCGCGACCGAUACGACGUCAGGUCCAGAUACGAUGAGCCUCCUCCGUCUGACAGAGAUGAUCGUCCGCGCCACCGCGAUCGCCAACGUCCCUAUCUUGCGUACGAUUCCCAGUACCGUAGAGACGAACCGCCUCACGCCUCAGAUUCUCUCUCCAAACCUCCCUUUGACCCGCAGCCGGCUCCGGAUCCCAUGCAGUCAGACUCGCUCUUGCAGUUCCGCCAAUACGCUCAAAUGACCAAGGCCGCUCACCCUUCGGCACGCGACCGCUCCAUCGAACAGCCUACCACCCAGGAGCUCUACGAUGGCUACCAAGCCUACAAGUCGGCUUUCAACAAAAAGGCCAUCGCCUCCUUCUUCGAACAGCGCAAGCACGAAGCGUGGUUCAAGGAAAAGUACUCGCCCGCCGAGCCGUGGCUCACUGCUCGCAACCAACGCAAGCGAACCGCUCGUGCCGGUAAGAAGUUCGCCUGGCUCCAAGAGCUUCAGCAAGGCAAGCUUGACAAGCUCACCAACGACAUUCAACGCAUCGAUGCAUCCGAUGCAACGCGCGAUACUUGGCAUCCUGAAGAUGCUGACGACCACCAUCGCGGUCGAUCCGAGCCCAACGAUAUCACGCUCCUCUCUCGGUACGGCGAACCUCAGCUUAUGCAUGCAGAGCAGGCUGUCAUCCCCGCCUGCAAUCACCAGAUGCUCGUCAAGACCUUCCCCGCUGAUCUUGCACGCGAGAGACUUGAAGAGGUGCUCGCCUCCACGCCAGGUUUCCGCUACCUGGCGCUGGGCGAACCGCACGUCGGAAAGCGAUGGCACCGUGCCGGCUGGGCCAUGUACGAGCCGCACAUCGACAUUCAAGACACGCUCAACGCACUUCAGGGCAAGGACGUCGACGGAUUUGCGCUCAACCUCGCGCCUUGCACCAAGCCCACCUCGAGUAAGCUCCGCACCGUUCCCGUAUACGCCAACUCGUUUCACCGCCUUCUCAUCGACCUCAAGCACUGCAAGCAACUGGUGGAGCGUUUCGAGAUCGAGGAUCGCCAAGUGCUCUUCCGUGACCAAGCCCAAGGUGACGCAUCAUCGGACGCCAGUUCCUGGCUGCACGUCAGUGCGUCGGAAGCCAUCUCGCAACGCGUUGGCCAGAUCGAGCCCGAGCUUGUUGACCGAGAUCUGGAGCGCGAAUUUGAUGCUCAAGAAGACGCCGAAAAGCGCGAACAACGACGUCGAGCGAUCAAGAAGCUGCUCGACCUGCACCUCGAUCUGCUGCGCACCGUCUACCACUGCGACUACUACAUUUCGCUCGUCUGCGAGUCUGAAGAGGAGCUGCUGCGUCGAAGUCCACGUCACGCACGAAGGCAGCCUUCUGUGGGCGUGCUCGUCGAGGAGCCACGCGAAAACUCGAAUGACGAGUCUUGGGCGCGCAGCGUCGACCAAAAGACGAGCUUGAUGCUUGCGGACGACAAAACGGAUCUCACCGAGAUGGGAGGCAAAGACAUGACUGCAGAACUCAUGAGCGCUGCGCUACCUUAUAUCAAAGAAGAGGACAAGGAAAAACACCGAUGUACCGUGACGCUCAACGAUGUGCAAUGCGGCAAGCUCUUCAAAGCUGCCAUCUUUGUGCAGAAGCACAUUCUCAACAAGCACCGCACGUUUAUCGAGUCGGUAGCCGACGAGGUGCUGCAGGAGGUCAAGUUUUUCAACAACUAUGUGCGCGAUCCAAGCCGCGCCAUCAGUCAGCCAAGUGUGAAUGCCAAGGAGUCUCUGGGCGGCGGGGCGGCGCUAGCGCAGCGGUUGGAUGGGGGUGAUCAUGGAGCGAUUGCGGGCGCCAUGUUCAAUAGUGGCGGUAGGAUGGGCAUGAUCAGGUUUGGCAGUGCCAGUGUUGUUGACUCGCCUCGCAGAGCUGCGCAUGGCGGCAGUGCAGCAGCUGGUUCGCUUGGAAUGCGUUUGGGCGGCGUGAUCGCUACUUCGGACUCGCCCGCAGCUACACCGAUCAAGCCCGACCCUCUGCCACCGCCACCCAAACCGCUCGACCCUCGAGCACAGCGCGCCGCUCCCAAGAGCUACCAGGACCUCGAUGGCGCAGCCGAAGGCGAUGUCGAUCUCGCCUACUAA